UGCGAAUUCUCCCCGCGAUACCCAGGCGCGGAAAGGGAGGUCUUAACGAGGGAUGCGCGCAGGGGCGGUCUUGGCGCUGAUGGCGGUGGGGGCGGCGGUCCGCUCCCUGGAGUUCAAGGUGGCCACCUUCAACGUGGAGCGGCUCGGGGAUGGGAAGAUGGGGAAGCCGGAUGCCGUCGAGAUCCUUCUCCAGGCGAUCCUAGUGGAUCAAGAGGCGAUCCUAGUGGAUCAUGAGGCGAUCCUAGUGGAUCAUGAGGCGAUCCUAGUGGAUCAUGAGGCGAUCCUAGUGGAUCAUGAGGCGAUCCUGCAGUUGAGCCGACGCAGACCGGCGAUACACUCGCUUUCCAGAGUGUCUGUCUUUGUGUUGGGGUGUCACGCACACGGCGCAGUGCGUGACACGUCAAGAAGACUCGGAAUGAUCCUGGACGACUACGACCUGGUGUGCAUCCAGGAGCUGACGGAUGCGGACGGCAGCUCCGUGCCGGUUCUGCUGGGCCUCCUCAACGCGGCGUCGGGGAAGGAAUACACGAACCACACCUCGCCCAGGCUCGGCCGAACCACGUACAAGGAGCAGUACCUCUUCCUGUACGAACCGUCCGUGUUCCAGGUGGAGGACGCGAUCCUCUACGACGACACUGCGGACGACAUCUUCGAGCGGGAGCCUUACUACGUCACAUUUCGGAGCGGGAAUUUCAUGUUCACGAUGGGAACCAUUCACGUGAAGCCCGACGACGCCGUGCCGGAGUUGAUCCAAUUUGCCCCUGCCAACGACUGGGUGACGGAAAACCACGGAAUGCAGGACUUCCUGCUGUUGGGCGACUUUAACGCGGACUGCGAUUACGUGUCGGGCUCGGACUGGGACGAGAUCGGGCUCUGGACCCAGCCGGAAUAUCGGUGGCUCGUGGACAACGACGCGGAUACCACCGUUAACUCCAACACCGACUGCGCGUAUGCCAGGGUGGUGGCGAAGGGGCCGGAGCUCCAGGCGAGGAUCAGCGACGUCCGAGUGCGGCGAUUCGACGAGGAAUUCGGACUCGAGCAGGCGGAGGCCCUCGACGUAUCGGACCACUAUCCCGUGGAGUUCACGCUCACCGUCUGAAUGGAGGCGGAUCCGUCCCGACCAGCGAUUUGUUGACGGAUUUUUUGGGGGAGAAAUUGCUGGAAGGAAAUAAAAAAUUGAGGGGU